AUGGCCACCGGCGUCGAUGUUCAAUAUCCAGAGGUCAUCGACAUCAGCUGGCGGCACAACCUUCGCUUCGACCCUCGUCUCGGCGACGAGGACAACGACGAGCACGCCGAUGAAGCCCCCGGCAGCGACCGCCGCCAUUCAGAUUUCUCUAGGCAUGUUCGCAUCGAGACCCCCGCUCGUUCGACGCCGGCGCCGAGCGAUAGGACUGACAGCCGCAGCUCUCGACGACUAGCUCCUCUGCGUCGUCUCGCCGCUGCCCUCGUCCGCAAUUUCCCUAUGGACCUCCAGUGGAUUCCUGCUAACUGGGCAUGGCUCAAAUUCAAGCCUGUCAUCCGCAGCUCAAUCCUUGGCUUCGUCUCGGUUAUGUUCAUGGUCAUUGCCCCCGUCCAACGCGUGCUCGGACAGGCGACUUUCUUAAUACUUAUUGCCGCUUUUGUUGAUCCUCCCAUAGAUUCGUUCGUCGCUGUGCUCGAACGGGAAAUUAUUUUUGCUGCAUUUGUAACUCUCGGCUGGGCAUGGAGCUGUCUGGGUAUCUUCCUGGCCAAUUUAGCUCGUAGUUACAAAAACCCGUCCGCCACGUUCGCGGAGGCUCUGACUGGUCAGUAUAUUGAAGCCGCACCGACAGUCAUCAUGGCCAUAUUCGUGUUUUUUGGUGUUGCAUUCUUCUUGUACAUCAAGGUCAAGCGCGGACCUGGCCCAUACGCGUACCCUAGUGUGUUCGGUGCUGUCUGCGUCGACAUUUCUUUUGUCACCGCUGUUCUCGUCCCAUUCCCUUACUAUUCUAUCGGCCAGGUCAUCGUCCUUCCUCUCGUCCUCCAUUCCGCCAUCUGCAUCUUCCUCUCCGCGACUGUGUUCCCCACUACCAUUACAUCUCAGUACUCAGGCGCCCUCUCACGCCUCUUUGAUCCUCUCGAGGCUGCCCUCAUUGAGCAUCGCGCUAUCCUCGGGCUCAGUCCUAGUGGCCCUGAGUUCUCCGCUGCCGUCACCAAGAUCUAUGGGCUCGUAGCCAAGUCCGAAGCGGGUCUCGCCCCAGCUGCAGGUGCGCUUCGUCUUGUGAAGCACGAUAUCAUCUGGGGCCGCUUCUCGCCCUCGGACGUCGGUGCCCUUCAGUGGUUCGCCCGCCGCCUCGUCACGCGCGCACACGGGCUUGGCGUGUUCUUCACGCUCAUCGACCCUACACGAGAGCGUUUUCCCGUCACGCCUGUGUCGCGCACGCCCGUGGACUCGCGCACCCUCACGCCGAGCGCUUCGCACCCAGUUACGCCCCUUCCGUCGCGCCCUCCUAGCCCAAACCGCAUACGUACGCUUAGCCGUUCGGCAACGCCUCCGGGACCAUCGUCGCCGCCCGCAGAUCACGAGCAUAGCCGUGGGCGGAUGCGCCAUCGCACCAAUUGGAAGCAUACCCCGAGUGCAUCUGCGAUCCGCCGCACCAUCUCGCAACAUCUGCACUUUCGUCUACGCAAAGCCGAGGAGGACGAUCAGCAUCAAAGGUUACAUUUCUCCCUCCUGCACCUAGCGCACACGCUCGCCCUCCCUCACCCGCACACGGCCUCUCCCGAGAAUGCAGUGGGUGUAUUCGAGUCGCAGCGCUACCUCGCAUUGGAGGCGACCCGGCUGACCUACCCCGACUCCCCAGAGAAUAUGGAGCAUUUCGUAGCACUUCUGGGACAGAGCUGCGACGAUCUCCUCGGAGUGUGCACAGAUACACUCAAGGGGCUUAAGGUGUGGGUGGGGGGGAUUCGGCGUGGAAGCUUCGCCGGCCGGGCGACGACCGCGCGGAUACGUGAGGAAAGGCUGGCUGAGAUGACCGAGAUGAAGCGUAAGCUGUCUCUAGCGUUUGAGAUGUUCAAGAAGGAUUUCAGACAUUGUGUUCUUGACCCAUACCGAUGCGCGUUCGACCCAGAGCACGUUGGCUCGCCCGACAUGAUUGUUGAGCCGCCGCCACAUCGUUACUUAUUCCACUGCUACGUGUACCAAUAUCACCUCAUGCAAUUUUGCAUGGUGUUGUUGGAAUGGGUUGACGAGGUCAUCCGCAUGGAAGAUAUCAACAAGGCAUCGAGACUGUGGAUGCCGACUAUACCGCUAAGAAAGCUGUUCGAUUGGGGUAAUGACGAUGCUGCUGCCCAUCUUGAGCGAGAUGAUGACGAAGACCCCGAUACAAUUCCGGGUAUGGACACCGAUUUCCAAGCGGAUCUCGGGGAAGCUACUCGCCGAAAUCCCGACGCUUUGCCUCCGCAGAAUGCGUUCGAAGUCAUCAUGUCUUGGGUGCAUCAGUUCAUCGUCGCCCUUGGAGGCGGAAAUGUAUUGUUCGCAAUGAAAGCUGGACUGUUAACCGUGAUUCUUUGCAUCCCCAAUUUUCUCAAACAUACCGCGGAAUUCGCAUACUCGGAACGUUUCAUAUGGGGAAUAUUUAUGGGACAGUUAACACUCAUGCGAUUUCGUGGAGACACCACGUUCGCAUUAGUCGCGCGGCUGAUGAGUACGUUCGUUGGUGGUGUGAUCGGCAUGCUCCUAUGGUACAUCUCUGCGGGGCGAGGCGAGGGCAAUUCAUAUGGCUUCGCGGCCACGCUUGGAGUGUGUUUCCCGUUCUUCUUUUACAUGCGCAUCUAUUGGCCAGUCCCACCGGUGACAAAUCUAAUCUUCUUCGUUACUAUUGCUUUGGUGCUGGGAUUCUCUUGGCAAAAUACUCACUUCCCGGGAAUCUUCCACUUCUAUGGCUUUGCUCUCGCCUGGAGGCGAUUCGUGUUGGUGGUUGCCGGUAUCACAGCAGCUUUCAUAUUCUCACUCCUACCGCCUUCGACGACUUUACGUCACUAUCAGCGAGCAAUGUUAUCGACCACGGUAUCUGAAAUGGGAGCCAUCUAUUGCUCGAUCGUGUCGUUCGCCAAUACCCAUGGCCGUCUAGAACCGGACAAGCGCGAGAUCAUCCAAGCACUUCUUGCCAUUCGUAUGAAACUCAAACGAUCGGUUGUACUGAAGACAAACAUCGUUUACGAAUUUUCAUUACGCGGAAAAUGGCCUGCGCAUAGGUACCAAAGGAUCCUCGAAUUACAGAUGCAAGUUGCGUUUCACCUUUCACACCUCAUGUCUGUCGUGGAACAUCUAGAUCCCGCCUGGUCUCGGGCGUUCCUUCGACGGACUCGAUUCUUAGAUGCAGAUUUUCAGGGCGAUGUUCUCGCCGUCGUCAGUAUGAUCUCUACGGCGCUCCGCACGGGCAACCCUUUGCCACAAAUCACACCGUGCCCCCUUCUUGACCGAUUCAUGGUGCACACCCAUGGUCUCAACAUCAUUCGACAGGAAGAAGACGAUGACUACGGGCUCCCGCGCACGAUGACGAUCGACACUCUAGAAAACGAGCAAUACCUGACGUUCGCUGUAGGCGUUACAACCGCGUUCGGUAUCAUCUUGAGAUUAGAUAAACUGAUGGUAGCGACGAAAGAGCUGGUUGGAGAGCAGUAUCAUAUCCAUGGUGUUGGUGUGCCCGACACACGAGCAUUUGAGAGGCCACCGAAGGAUGCGUGA